CGGAGGAGGAAUGCCCGACUUGGCUUCACUGAUGGUGAGCAGUGUGACGCCACGAACAGAGCCGGGGUCCCCGAUUGAUGCUGAUUUGUUACCCUCGCUCGCUCGCUCGCGUCCUCAGAACAACCCUCAAAUGGCAGCAAUGGCACAGCAGAUGAUGCAGAAUGGCGGACUCGAGCAGCUCAUGCAGAACCCUAUGCUAAGGCGAAUGGCAGAGAACAUGGGCUCGGGAGGAGGGAUGCCCGACAUGAGCCAGCUUGGCGCUCUCAUGCAGGACCCGCAAAUGAGGCAGCUCGCUCAGCAGUUUGCAGGUGGUAUGGGACGAGGCGGUGGUCAAGGCGGUCAAGGAGGGCAGGGUGGUAACCCGGGCAACAUGUUCGGUUGAGCAAGGUGGGUAUGUGCGCUGGUUCUGGCUGGGAUGGCGAGAGCUGACCCUCUACCCCACGCAGGGUUACCAUAGGCGAUUGCGGCUCCACCAGAGGCCGGUGAGGGCAUGAUUUCUGCUUCUCCCGAUUGUACAAGACCACCGAUCUCUGGCGGCAUCCAAAAGUUUGAAAUUAGAGUAC